CCGCCACCGCGAGUGUCUUCUAUUCCAUGCCCGUGGCAGACAACUUUGUCCCCGCCAGGUUACCGGUAGGCAGGAAAUACAGGUUGUUGUCAGCGAACGAGGACAUCUCUGAGUUACGCAGCCCACACACACCCACACGGCUCACGUCGUCCAGUCGGCGGCGUCGACGGUGACACCAAGUACAACUACGGCCUUCAUCAACGCCAACGACAACACAUGUUCACGGCCUCGAUGACAUGGAACUAAUUCUGCAAGCCUGUUCCUUGCCAACACGUGGCCGAGACCUUGGCUUGUCGUGCCAAUGUUCCGCUUCGAAAUCGGUGGCUGCCACGAGGCAAUUUCGACCUUGUCCGCCUCGGCACUGCAACUGUAGCCCCACACACGUCAAAGUGCCCACUACAAGCGACUAACUACAACUGCAGUAAGCGUGUGCUGAAAACUUUUCCUCUAUCGCCGACGCUUGACAGUCCAACGUCCUACCACAACUCCUGAUCGAGAGGACAACGUCGGCAAUUCGCAUUCCAAGCUCGCAUCAAGAGGUGGGCCCCAAAUCCACCCAUCUCGGCAGAGGACGGUCGCGUGGAGGCGAAUCGAGAUCCAUUCUACACACUCGCAGCCAAGAGAAAAGACACGUCUGGAGCAGGUCCAACUCAUCUUACCUCGAAUAUUUUUCCUGGUAGAGCCGCCCUGGCGGUACCCUUCUUAUGGAUACUCCAGCUUGUGUUCCACAAAAGGACUUAUUAGUCGAAACGAGGUCGUCGGUCUUUUUCUUUCGUCGUUGGCAAAUUUAGCCGGCCUGUGCAAUGCUUUUCUACUAUAUGGUAGCGUCCAAGGGGACUAACUACUCAACAACAUGGUUCUGGCUCGAAUGUCUGUGCACUUUGGCGGGGACUAUGACACGGGAGCUUCCGUGUCUAUUACUGUGAGCAGGACUUGUUUGGUUGCGGUGUUGCGAUAUAUCAAGGCGCACAGGUAACAAUCAAGACGCCACGAGUUAGCCUUUUCGGGACGUCCCUCCGCGAGCCUCGAAUCUGAUGUUUGACACUGCACGGCACGUCCAUCGCCUGAUUUUACUACAGUCGAGCACCAUUGCUGUGCACCAAUGGCAAAGGAAAGAGUAUCAUAUUCGCCGAGGUUCCACGUCCCGGUGGCGACUUCCACGUGAGUGCGCAAUAUCGGAAUGAAGCACAGCAGGCUGGCCAGCCCCCUGGCUGCAGGCGUGAGCCUCGUCAAAGUGGACGUUGAUGCUCAGAGACAUCGGGCUUCCUUUCCGCCCUGUUCUGAUGCCCACGGAACGCCCUUUUCCGUCAUCCCAUAUCUCUGAUUUCUGCCUAAGGGUAGGUAGUCGGCAUUGAAGAGCCGGCUCACGGUGUGUGCCGUCUCUGAUGAAAGGGGGCGACCACAAUGGCUGCCGACAACCUCUCUGGUCGCUGCGCAAGGUUUCAUGUUUGGUGCUUCCUCAAUCAUUGGAAUGGCUUCCGCACGAGCGGAUUUAUUGUCAUUUGCCUCUCGUCGUGGGAGUACAACCCUGGGAUUAGGAGCCUGUUGACAACGAGAACGAACAUACCUACCUAGGUAGGUUUUUUGUGUCGCCUUAGUGGGAUCAGACUUCUAAGUCGAACACUGCAGUAAGUGGAGGUAAGUAGACUGAGGCAUAGCAUGGUACAAUCUUUGUUGUCACCUCCGUGCCGGACAUCACCAGCGUCCACUGCAUGGGUGAAAUGGGAAAUGGCCGUGAUCGUCGUCCGACUGAGUAUUCCCCGUCAUCAUGGUACCCUUUGCCCCCCUAAAGCCAGGUUUUCGAGGCUUGCUAUCCCAGUUCGGGAUGGAUACUCACGAGUGUACCAAGGAAUUACUCAACGGGUAUCGAAGAUUCCGUGGGAAUAUGGGUUGACGGCAUUGUCGAGGUGUACUACACACACGAUUGUGAACGACUCUGGAGGCCAGGAUUGCGACAACUGGGCUAUGGCUCCGUCUUCGCAUGAAUGUACCGCAAUGUGUACUGAUUUCCGUUUUCCAUUCUAUAACACAGGUUUAUAGGGGUUUGAUGAAACGAC